AUAUUUAUCAAGGUACACGGGUCUGAUCCAUAGUAAAUGUACCGAAAGGUUAGGACGCCGAUUAGUGAACCAAUCAAAUGAAAGCUUGCAAAGGCACUAAAGUUGUCUGGAUCGUCGCCAUACUCACCGGGAAGAGUAGAAAGACAGAUUUAUUUUGAAGGAUGAAAUCAGCUACUGGAUCUUGGGGGCCACAAUGGCUGCUGCGAAUGUCUCCAGACAAGCAGGAUACUUUAUUGAAAAUGAUGGUGUUGGCAAUUGCUGCCAUCUUAUCAUUUUCCACACGUCUUUUUUCUGUGCUGCGUUUUGAGAGUGUCAUUCACGAAUUUGAUCCUUACUUCAACUACCGAACCACACGUUUUCUGGCUGAAGAGGGUUUUUACAACUUUCACAACUGGUUUGAUGAUAGAGCUUGGUACCCACUGGGACGUAUUAUUGGUGGCACAAUAUACCCAGGUUUGAUGGUGACUUCAGCGGCAAUCUACCACUUCCUCAACUUCUUCCAUGUCACAAUUGAUGUGCGCAAUGUUUGUGUCUUCCUAGCUCCUCUUUUCUCCAGUUUUACCACUCUUGUCACAUUCUUUCUCACGAAAGAGUUGAAGGAUGCAGGAGCAGGACUUGUGGCAGCAUCCAUGCUAGCCAUUGUGCCAGGUUACAUCUCCCGCUCAGUGGCAGGCUCAUAUGAUAAUGAAGGCAUUGCCAUCUUCUGCAUGUUAUUGACUUACUACAUGUGGAUCAAGUCUGUCAAAACUGGGUCACUCUACUGGAGUGCCCUGUGUGCUUUGGCCUAUUUUUACAUGGUAUCCUCAUGGGGAGGCUACGUCUUUCUCAUCAACUUGAUACCUCUACACGUGCUUGCCUUGAUGAUCACUGGUCGCUUCUCUCACAAAAUUUAUGUGGCAUAUUCUACUGUGUAUUGCCUUGGUACCCUCCUCUCUAUGCAAAUCUCCUUUGUGGGCUUCCAGCCUGUUCAGUCAUCAGAACAUAUGGCUGCUCUAGGAGUCUUUGGACUGUGUCAGAUCUAUGCCUUUGUUGAAUACCUACGUUCUCGUCUCUCUCGAGAGCAGUUUGGCAUCCUGUUCCGCAGCCUUGUUCUCAUCACUAGCGUGCUGGCUUUUGGGGCAGCAGCCGUGGCCACUGCUCUGGGCAAAAUCUCACCAUGGACGGGGCGUUUCUAUUCCCUUCUGGAUCCUUCAUAUGCCAAAAACAACAUUCCCAUCAUCGCCUCAGUUUCAGAGCAUCAGCCAACAACCUGGUCCUCCUUCUACUUCGACCUUCAGCUUCUUGUCUUCAUGUUCCCAGUGGGUCUGUACUUCUGUUUCACUAAGCUGACUGAUGCCAACAUCUUUAUCAUCAUGUAUGGGGUCACCAGCAUCUACUUUGCAGGUGUGAUGGUGCGUCUUAUGCUGGUACUGGCACCAGUUAUGUGCAUUCUCUCUGGCAUUGGUGUCUCUGCUAUCCUGUCUGCCUACAUGCGCAACCUUGACUCAGGGCGCCGUGACAAGAAAGCUAAGAAAAUAGACUCUACUUAUCCACUUAAAAAUGAGAUUGCAAGUGGCCUGGUGCUCAUUGUCACUGCAUUCCUUAUCAUGUACACUUUCCAUUGUACAUGGGUGACGUCCGAAGCUUACUCCAGUCCUUCUAUCGUCCUCUCUGCCAGGGGAGGUGAUGGUAGCCGCAUUAUCUUUGAUGAUUUUCGUGAAGCAUAUUACUGGCUGCGACAUAAUACUCCAGAGGAUGCAAAAGUUAUGUCGUGGUGGGAUUAUGGCUAUCAGAUCACAGCAAUGGCCAACAGAACCAUUUUAGUUGACAACAAUACAUGGAACAACACUCAUAUAUCCAGAGUUGGACAGGCUAUGGCAUCGACAGAAGAGAAGGCCUAUGAAAUAAUGCGAGAGCUGGAUGUAAACUAUGUGUUGGUCAUAUUUGGAGGCCUUACUGGAUAUUCUUCUGAUGACAUUAACAAGUUUCUGUGGAUGGUCCGCAUUGGUGGAAGCACAGAGAAGGGCCGUCACAUAAAUGAGAUGGAUUAUUACACGCCACAAGGGGAGUUCCGUGUGGACCGUGAAGGCUCGCCAGUUCUUUUGAACUGCUUGAUGUACAAAAUGUGUUAUUACCGCUUUGGUGCUGUGUACACUGAGAGUGGUAAGCCCACUGGUUACGAUCGUGUCCGCAAUGCAGAAAUAGGCAACAAGGACUUUGAACUGGAUGUGUUAGAGGAAGCAUACACCACUGAACACUGGCUGGUGCGCAUCUAUAAAGUAAAGGACUUGGAAAACAGGGGUGUUUAAACAGCUGUACAUAUUUCCUAGAAUCUUUUAGUAAUACACCUACACAUGGGUCUUGGGCUGUCAGGGUGUUAGGAUUCUUAUCUCAAACUCUGUUGUUGAUCCUUUGAUGACAUGGCUUUUUCUAGAAUCCAUGAAUGAAACGCCUGUCUUCCUGAUAAAUUUGCACAACUCCCUGUCAAAAAGAAGUGCUAAAGAUGGAUAUAGACAAUAUUUUCUUGGCUGAAAUAAAUGCUUUAUUAUUCUCAAAUGAUAGAUGCAAAUAUGCACCUUAUAUGUAUAUAUACACACACACUUAAAAGGACGAAGGAUUAUUCCAUCAUCUGAACUUGUUUCUCCUUUUGAUAAUCAUCAGUAUCAUCUAUGUUAAAAGGGUGAAUAUGUAUAGACUGUGUGCACAACAGCCAGAUGUUGUAGACUGUAUGCAAAAUACAGCUUUACUUUUGCCUGUAUGCUUGUUGCCUAAGUAGCUAGAAUACAUUCAGUGGCUGUAUGCUUGCAAUAUUUUCAGUGCCCUUUAAACAUAUUAUGCCCUUAGGUUUUUGACACAUCCAACUUUCCAAGGCUAAUCAUAAUUAUGGUAUGAAGAACAGUGUUUAUGGCUAACAGUUCAACAUCAUCCUUAUACACUGGCGUUCAUGAUUAAAUAAGUUAUAUAUUUUA